UUGAAACCAUGGUGCCCACUGGAGUGUACUUAGUUCUUUUUGCCUGCUACGUGUCCUACGUGUCUGGAUUUGGAGUGGGAACGGCAGGAGUUAACAUUAUAGCUCAAAAUGCUGGAUCCCCUGGAUCGUUUGUGCAAAGGGCUACCAAUAAGUUUCUGAAAGUUGCAGAAACUAUGGCAGAUGUUGUAGACCUGGCAGGAUCAGCUACUUCUUAUAAAGCUAAAGCUGUCAAUGGACUUCUAGGAGCUGCAGGAUCUCAAAGUGGAAGCGGGCUUGUGGGAGCGGCAGGAUCUGGACUUAAUGUGGUUAAAAAUGCAGGCUCUGCUACUUCUUAUGGAGCUCAGGCGGCCAAAGGAGUUAUAGGAGCCCUAGGAUCUGCAGUGAAUGCUCUUCAUUCUACAGGAUAUGAGGCUGCUAAUCAUAAAGCUCAAGCUGUUACUGGACUUUUAAAUGCUGCAGGAUCUGGACUCAAGGCUGUUCAUUCCGCAGGAUCUGCUACGUAUCAAGGAGCUCAGGCUGCGGAUGGAGUUUUAGGAGUCCUAGGAACUGCAGUGAAUGCUUAUCAUACUGCAGGAGAUACUCGUGGUUCCAAUAAGGCUCAAGUUGUAAAUGGACUUAUAGGAGCUGCAGGAUCUGGACUUAACGUUGUUAAGUCGUUAGGAACUGCUACCUCUUAUGGAGCUCAGGCUGCAAAUGGAGUCUUAGGAGCCGUAGGAACUGCAGUAAAAGCUAUUCAUUCUAUCAAAUCUCCAGGAGCUGCAGCAGCGUAUCAUGCAGAUGGUCUAAUAGGGCCCUAUGGAAACACGGUGUCCGGAAUAGUAUCUCCAGGAGCUGGAGCAGCGUAUCAAGAUGAGGGUCUAAUAGGGCAAAGGCUCCCCUAUGGAAACACGGAGUCCAGAAUAGUAUCCCUAGGAACUGAAAAUGUCUAUUACGGUAGCGAUGCCAAUAAAGCUUCUUCUUCCUAUCUCCCAUACUUGAAAGUCGGAUCCUCUGGAGUUUCAGGUUCCAAUCCGCAAUCUGCGCCUAUUGGAGGUGGUGCUGGUGUCCUUGGUGUAUCUGGAACUGGAACUCGUAUUGUUGGACUUCCAAUGCCUGCAGGACCUGUUUCCUUGGGAGCUGGUUAUUCAGGUAUCAGUGCUAAUACUUAUAAAGAUUCCUCUUCUCUGCAAUUUGGCGACAGUGGUUCCACCUCAAACUCUGGACACUUAAGCAUCGAAGCCUCAGGAGUUUCAGGUGCCAAUUCCUAUGCAUCAACUGAUGGCGUUCGAGCUGCUAAUGGAGGAUCAACUGCUGGUUCUCUGCUUGCCAGUGGUGACGUUGGUGGUUCCAGUAACAUGAACUUUAACAUAUCAUACGGUGCUAACACUGGUGAUCUUCGUCUUGGCUCUGCAGGAAGUUCGGGCUCUAGUUCCCUCUCAGCUUCGAUUGACGAUGGAGAUUUGAGCAGUGGACCAGCCAACCAGGCAAAUAUUGGAUCUUCUUCAAUUGGAACACUGCAAAGUGGUUCGGAACAGGCUGAUUCUGCAAAGAUAACAAAUGAUAAUGCAAAUAUUGGAUCCUCAGGAGGAACGUCAUCUGAUGCAGUCUCUGGUCAAUUGAAUGAUGGAGCGUCAGGAGCUACUGGUUUGGGAUCAGGAUCUGCCGGUCAACUGAGUAUUGGUCCUUCAGGUUCAAGCUCCCAAUCUGAUACUUCGAGUUCAUCGAGUUCGAGUUCAUCGAAAAACGAAUCAUCCAAUCAGUCAAGUCAAUCCAGUCAAAGUUCUGUUUCUGAAAUAUUAGGGACGUCUGGGCCACAGUCAGGAUCUAACCAAGCUUCUGGAGCUUCCAUCUUCGGAUUAGGAUCCACUGGAACUGGUGCAGGCUCCUUAGGUUCAAGCUCCCAAUCUGAAUCUUCGAGUUCAUCGAGUUCAUCGAGUUCGAGUUCAUCGAAAUCGGAAUCAUCGAAAUCGGAAUCAUCAUCAAGUCAGACAAUUGGGACUUCUGGGCUACAGCCAGGCUUUUUCCAACCUUCUGGAGCUCCAAUCUACGGUGCAGGAUACACUGGAACUGGUGCGUCAGUUGGUUUUGAAAUUGACUCCGCCUUCGGAAAAGGAUGGCCUGGAGUAUCGGAUGCUUUAGCAAAGUCUUCAAAGAUAAUUAUUGGAGCUUCCCCUAGUUCGAUUCCCGUAGUUCCUCUCGGAUCCGUUUCUUAUGGAUCUGGUGGACUGAUAGUUGGAGCACGUCCACAAAAGUCCCCAAUCGCUGGAUUAUGGGCAUUAAAGAGCAAGGUUGCAUCUGCGGCUCAUGGUGCCCUCCGUACAUUGAUACAACCUAGGACUCUCCCGGAAACUCGCUUCAUCAAUGGAAAUCCUCUUUACUUUGGUUCAUCAAACGUAGUAAGUCCUCUGAAUGGGAAUGGUCUGAGGUAUCAAGGAAGUCCCGGUGUAAUCUCUGGAAGUAAGGGGAAGUAUCUCUCUGGGUUCAAAUGGUCUGAAGCUUGAAGGAAAUGUCGGCGGAAUCCCUGGAAGAACUCCAAGGGGAAGUAUCUCUCUGGGUCCAAAUGGUCUGAGGCUUGAAGGAAAUGCCGGUGGAGUCCUUGGAAGUCAAAAAAGGGGAAGUCUCGUUCUGGAUAGAAAUGGUCUGAGACUUGAAGGAAAUAAGGGUGGAUUGGCUGGAAAUGUUGCAGUUGGAUUAGGCGGUGUCCAAAUUGCCAAAUACAGCAACCCAUUCGCGGGAAUUUAUUACUAAAGCAAUCCAGAGAAACAGCACUUUAUAAAUACAAUCAUGUUCGCUGUAUACUGUAUAAGAAGUUUUAUUGAAACUAGCUUAUGAAUUAUUUUUGCCUCAUCAAGAAUAAAUAAAGCACCUCAGUAAAAUGCA